AUGGCAGAUAAUCAAACGGCUGUGGCAAAAUUCACCGAGUAUGACAAACGACGCUGGGGGCACGUCCAGUUCAUCGAGACAGCCCUGCGUCACAUGAAGGACUUCAAAGUGGAGAAGGAGGUCGAUGCUUACAACGCUGUACUCAACACGUUCCCGAAAGGGAAGUUCGCCGAGAACCUCAUCCAGAGUAUAUACAAUCACUUUCCUGAGCAACAGAUAUGCGCCAUUAAGGUGCUUCAAAUGAUGGAGGAUAACACCGUUCUUCCAAACAAUGAGACCAAGGAAAUCCUCAUCUCUGUCUUCAGCAAGAGGGCCCACCCGGUCAAGAAGUACCAGCGCAUGAUGUACUGGUUCCCCAAAUUCCGCAAUAUCAAUCCCUUCCCACUGCCGAAGGAGAUACCCAAUGAUCCCGUCAAGUUGUCUGAGCUCGGUCUCAAGAGGAUUGCUGAGUAUGAAGCAAAGUUCAAAGUGUUUUAUCUGAAUGGCAGCUCAGCGGAAUCAGAGAAUCCCAACUUCAUUGCAAAUAUCCAGAGUCCAGAGCAGCAAGAACUCCUAGCUGAGCAUAAUCCAAUAAGACCACUCUAUGUUGAGGGUGCUUUCCACCUCUGGCUCCGCAGCACCAAAAUGACGUACUUUGUGCUGAGAGGUGACCCGUUUGCAGUAGAUGAGGACGAAUUGAAAACGGAAGAUGCUCCUCAAGCACAUGCAGAAGGCCCGGUAUUUGCAAUGUGCAUGACGAACGAAAACUCACAAGAAACGCUACAUACGUGGCUCCAGAAACUACAGGAGGAGAACCCCAACCUGGCACUGAUACCAGUCAUCUUCAAUCUCUUUAAACUCAGCGAUACGAAGGACACCAUUGAAUCACUACCUACCAACGAUAGACAGCUACUUGGGGAAACAUGAUAUGAGUCGGAUACAGUGAUGGAAAUUUAAUUUGAAAUUUAAUUUGCAUGGAAGGGAUCUUGGCUCAGUUUUAAAACAGCUGGAGAGGAAGUUAUGCUUCACACAGAAACAGGU